AUGCGCGGUAGCGAUAGGCUGAUGUGGACUUCUUUCACACAGAGUAGUCGUAUAGCUGUCCUGUAACCUUUACUUGAAAGCAAAAAAAAAAAACUACUUAUCGGACCUCAGAAUGAUCCGAAUAGCUGCAGUCUUUACUCUGCUGGUGGUUGCUUGCUCGGGGGAGAGCUGUAAGGACCCAGUGAUCACCCCUUCGGCCUACACUACCUCUGACGCCGUCAUCUCUUCAGAGUCUGUCUUCAUCGUGGAGCUCAGCCUGACCUGUGCUAAUGGAGCCCAGAGCGUCACUCUCUAUGCUGAUGUCAAUGGAAGGCAGUUCCCUGUGACUAGAGGCCAGGAUGUUGGAAAAUACCAGGUGUCCUGGAGUCUUCCCCACAAACAGGCCAGCUCUGGAACGUAUCAGGUUAAAUUCUUUGACGAGGAGUCCUACAGCGCCCUCCGAAAGGCUCAAAGAAACAAUGAGGAUGUAAAUGCAAUUCAGCCUCUCUUCACCGUCAACAUUGACCACAGGGGUGCGUGGAGCGGCCCUUGGGUGUCGACCGAGGUGGUGGCUGGCCUAAUUGGCAUUCUGGUCUAUUACAUGGCCUUCAGUGCCAAAAGCACCAUCCAAGCAUAACAACAUCCACAGUCACUGGAUGUGACCACUGGAUUUUUGAAAAGACUGAAUUUUGCUAAAACUGGAUUAACUAAUCCAACAACCAGCAUUGCAGCUGGGUCCACAGGUUCUCGGUGUUUUGUCCUCUUUAGGGAAAGAAUCAGAGCUUGUGGUCUUUGUUUUUCUUUUAUUCAGACUUUGAGUGUUUUCAGAAUAGUGUUUUUCACACGUUAUCCUGUCAAUCUGGAUGGUCUUUUUUUUUUUUUUCUUUUUUAAAAUUCUGAAUAUAAACCAAACAAACAUUAAAUGCAAUUUGUAUUCAGACCAGUCUAAAACCCAUUGCUUCAUCAGCAACAGGAUGGUCUUAUGAGUGGGUAAACUGGUCAGUCAGAUGGUUUGAACAGACGUUUUGAGUUGGGCCUUUGAUGAAGGGAAAAUGUCAAAGAACUGAGGCGCUGACUGGCCUGAACAGGCCUUUGUAGACGCAUCGUUUCCUGGAAUAUGAAUAAAAAAAAUGUUUCCCUA